AUGGCCCAAGUCGAAGUUCCAAGCACCAACGGCAGCGGGAAGUCUGUCGAGACUCGUCUCUUUAUCAAUGGCGAAUUCCAACCCUCGUCCGAUGGGAAGACAUUCAGUCUGAUCGACCCAUUCACGCAGAAUUCAGUUGCAGAAGUUUCCCAGGCCACUGAAGAAGACACAAACAAUGCCGUCGCAGCUGCCAAAGCAGCAUUCCCGGCGUGGAGAGAUCGCUCCCCCGCUGAUAGAGGCGCCUGUCUCCACAAGCUGGCCGCUCUAAUUCGUGAAAACAACGAGGAGUUUGCGCGGUUGGAGGCCUUGUCCACUGGAAGGCCUGUAUCGCGGUAUUUCGAUGCUACCGUUUCAGCAGAUACUUUCUCCUACUUCGCUGAGGCUGGUUGGACGGUCCAGGGGACAUCUAGCUUGAACACGCCCGGCCACCUUAACAUGACCGUCAAGCAGCCUUAUGGCGUCGUUGCUUGCAUUAUCCCCUGGAACGUGCCCAUGGCAUUUUUCGCAUUCAAGGUUGCGCCGGCUCUGGCGGCUGGAAACACGGUCGUUCUGAAGAGCAGCGAGAAGGCGCCAUUGACUUCCGCCCUGGCAGCCACGCUGAUCGCCGAAGCCGGCUUCCCACCUGGCGUCAUCAACAUUCUGUCCGGCUUCGGUACCCCCGCCGGCAGCACGCUAGCAUCACACAUGGACGUGCGUUGCCUCAGCUUUACAGGCUCCUCGUUCACAGGCCAAAGGAUUCAAGCAGCGGCCGCCGCAUCGAACAUGAAGAUUGUGCACAUGGAACUCGGCGGAAAGUCACCUGCUCUCAUCUUCGAGGACGCCGACCUAGAAAACGCCGCCCAAGCGACACAGUUCAGUAUCCAGUGCCUGAGCGGACAGACCUGCAUGGCGAACUCCCGGAUAUACGUCCAGGAGUCUGUGGCUGACGAGUUCUUGGCCUUGUUCAAGGAAAAGUUCGGAAGCGCGGUCCUUGGUAACCCGCUCGAAUCAGGCACAACACACGGUCCACAGGUCGAUGGGCUGCAGUACGAGCGUGUAAAGUCUUAUAUCACUAUCGGUGAACAGGACGGAAAACUUAGCAUGGGUGGUGAUGCAGGCAAUGGGUACUUUGUCAAGCCAACUGUCUUUGAGGGUGUCCCUGAGGACUCGCGCAUCGUGAAAGAGGAGGUUUUUGGUCCAGUUGUUGUGAUCAACACCUUCAAAACAGAGGAGGAGGCCAUUAAGAAGGCUAAUGCAUCGGAGUUUGGGCUGUAUGCAUCCGUCUUCACAAAGGAUCUAGACCGCGCAGUGCGUACCUCGAAGCUCCUGGAAGCUGGUACUGUUGGCGUCAACACUACAAGUCCUAAUGUCGCCAAGGACAUGCCGUUUGGUGGGUACAAGAUGAGUGGUGUUGGGCGUGAGGGCUUCAUGCACAGUCUUGACAACUUCCUUGAGACCAAGACGAUUUUGAUCAAGAUGAGCUCUUGA